CUCUGCAUUAUGGCUGCAGCAAGUUAUCGCAUUUCAGUUCAACUUUAUUUAUUCAAUAAUUGCUUACUUUCUAAUGUCUUUUCACUCGCAUUUUGGUGAAAAUUGUGGGAUUUAACCAGAAACCCCAAUGAUCUACUUAAUUGGCCAGCAUUUAUCUGGAACUUGCUGUCCCUGAGUAUUGCUGAAUGAAGUGACUCUGCAGUGAUUAUGGAUUCUGACAUACUGACACUUUGUAUUUGCUGUGGACAGCCACACCUGCCUCAGGAAAAUCAUUCAUAUAAUUACCAGGAUGAAAUCGAUGAUGAUCUCAUAUGUCACAUCUGCCUGCAACCCUUAGUGCAGCCACAGGAUACACCAUGUGGUCACACUUAUUGUACUUUAUGCCUUACCAAUUUCCUAUUGGCCAAAGACUUCUGUCCCAUGGAUAGGAAGCCCUUGUGUAUGAAGGUGUGCAAGAAAUCAAGCUUCCUUGUGCAAAAACUCUUGGAUAAAUUAAUGGUCGCCUGUCCAUUUCAAGACCACUGCACUGAAGUAAUGCAGCGCUGUGAGCUAGAACUUCAUCUACGUCGCAAGUGCAAAGGAGCAAUCCAAUGUGGGCUGUUAGGUGUACGCAAGAGACAUUCACGAGAAGAUUCUUCAACAAGUGAGACAGAUUUCGACCCUGGGGCUGCUGCGGAUAACAAUGACAUGGCCACCCCAGUGCUUUCUCCACAACUGUCAGCAUCUGCAGCUGUAGCCUUAAAGACGAAUGACCCAGUUCCAAUAAAUCCAGAAUCUGUUGCAAAUACAGAGGACAGCCAGUCAGAAAGCAAUUCCAGUGUCCACAGCAAGAAUAGUGUCAAAAAACGCCAACCUUUAGAACGCACUCCUUUGAGAAGCAGAUCCUUUAAAAAGCUGAAUCGUGCUUUUAGCUACCUCCGUAGAGCCAAUGGUCCAAAUCCAGUUGACAGUGAUCCUAGAGAGGAUAUGCAGACUGCUGUGUUUCAUGAGGAAGUAUUUCCCAGACGACAUCAUUUAAUUCCCGAUGGUGAAGUUACAAGUAUCAAGAUUAAUCGUUGUAAUGCAAAUGAAAGCCUUGGCAUUGCUAUAGUGGGAGGAUGUGAAACUCCUUUGGACAAUAUUAUCAUACAAGACAUUUAUCGAGAUGGUGUCAUUGCUAAAGACGGCAGACUUUUACCAGGGGACAUGAUUCUUGAGGUAAAUGGUACUGACCUGAGCAAUGUCCCUCACAACUAUGCCCUAGCGAUAUUAAAACAGCCCUGCCAUAUCCUGCUGCUGAGUGUGCUCAGGGAACAGCUCUUUAAGUGCAGAAGCAUCAUUGAUCGUAACUGCUCUCGAGAUGACAGCUUCCACGCUAUUCUCCAUAAGAGUGCUGAUCAGCCUCUGGGAAUAAAGCUGGUCCGCAGGGCUGACGAAGCUGGGGUUUUUAUCUGUAGCUUACUCGACGGAGGCCGAGCAGCCCAAGAUGGCCAGCUCCAGGUGAACGACAGAGUGCUGGCUGUCAAUGGACAUGACCUCCGCCGUGUGUCUCCAGAAGUUGCAGCACAUUACAUACAGGUAAGCGAGGAUCGAGUUCAUUUUGUUGUAUCACGAAAGACCCGGGAACAGACCCCUGAUAUCUUGCAAGAGAGUGCCUGGAACAGCAGCAUUCAAGUCAGCCCUGCAGUAAGAAACAGACACAACAAGAAUUUUGUUCAUGCCUUCACGUGCCAUGAAAAGAUCAUCAGUGUUAGCAAAGGAGCUCACGAGACCUUGGGGAUGACAGUAUCAGGAGGUCUACUGAGCAAAGGCUGGGAUCUCCCGAUCUAUGUUGCAAAUGUACAUCCUGAUGGCUGCUUGGGGAAUGAUGGCAGAAUAAAGAAGGGUGACAUUCUGAUGGACAUAAAUGGCAUUGAGCUAACUGGCUUGACACAAAGUGAAGCUGUGUCCAUAAUAAAGAAUAGUGCUGCCUCCUCUUCGGUUGUUUUCAAAGCUUUAGAACUUAGGGUGGCAGAAAAAGACAAUGUCCACAGUCAAAUGCCUCGCAACACCAAUCAAGACACACACUCUGAAGAUGACUGGUCACCAUCAUGGAAUAUGUGGCUCGGACUGCCUCGGUACCUUUUUUGGUGCAAAGACAUUGGACUAAGGAGAAAUACAUCGGGCAGUCUGGGAUUGAGCAUUGUAGGUGGAUACGAGGAAAACCACGGCAGCCAACCAUUUUUCAUAAAGUCCAUUGUUGAUGGAAUGCCAGCUUACAAUGAUGGAAGACUAAGGUGUGGAGAUAUGAUUUUGGCCGUCAAUGGAAAGAGUACGUCAGGAAUUAGUCAUCCAUGUCUAGUGAAGAUGCUCAAGGAAGCGAGAGGAAAGGUUAUACUCACUGUGGUGUCCUGGCCUGGCAGCCACUUAUAGAUUAUGUUAUACCAACUUGUCAUGAAAAGAACUAAAUAAAAGGCUACUAAUUCAGCAUAGAAGCAAUAACACUGAAAUGGCUUUAUAUAUCUCUGAUAAGUUAUAAAGCUUACUUUGCAUUUUCUGAAGUUUCUUUGAUAUUUAAAUUAUAUUUUCUGAAAAAAAGUCGUAGUUUAAGCACUCAUAGGCGUUGGAUAUUUAAAAUUGAUUAAGGAACUCAAAUGCAUCUUGUUCAUCCAAUUUUAAUCUAGUUGAAAAGGGAUUGAAAUAUACACAAGUUUUGGUGAAUGGAUUUUCUUAAACUGAUACGUCAAAUGUUAUAGCAAACUUUCAGUAAAAUCAGAUGUC